AUGCGCCCCCAGUGCUGCGUGCACUCGGACAUCGCGGACUGGCUGGCUCUCGUCCACCUGGAGCGGUACCAGGGCGCCUUCCGGCAGAACGGGUACGUCCGCGUGAGGGACGUGCUCUCCCUCGGCCGGGACGACCUGCAGCAGCUCGGCAUCACGGCCACUGGGCACCGCAAGAGGCUGCUGAACCUGGUGCAGCGGACGCAGGGGCUCGUGGCAGGCAGGAGCGGCGAGAUGGCGGGGGACGUGUGUCGUGGGCCGGGCAGAAGCCCAUGCUGUCUGGACGGGCCUAAAGCGGAGGAGAAGAGCAGCGUCGGCACCAAGGACGACAUCUCCAGGGAAGCCUUUCCCGGCCCCGGGCCUAAUUCUGAUGUCGAUGAGCAGAGCCGGCACCCAGCACCGAGCAUGGAGGCGGCUGCUCUGCCGGCCAAGCCGGUGCCCAAGCCCCGAACCGUGUUCCCCCUCACGCACCGAGCAGCCAGUCCCGAGCACACCGCGGGGCUGCCCCCACACGCCUCUCCGCCCGUCCGCGGGCCUGCGCCCUUCUCCGAACAGCCUCCGGGAAGGCCUCCGAUCCUGGAGGGGCCGGAUCCAGGGGGAAGCAGCACAGUCGCUGAGGGGCUUCCGGCGCCUGCAGGGCGCCUGGCUGGGCCUGCAGAGCUGCCAGCACGAAGUGCCCCGCCGGCCCAGAGCAGGCCCAGGGAGGAUGGCUCCGGGUCGGCUUUGCUGGCAUCACCUCCUGCGGAUAGAGCGAGGAGCGCCGCCACAGGUGCGGACAGAACGCCCCUGCCCUCCGCCCCACUUGGCUUCACCUCGGAGAGCCCGCCUGCAGCCGCUGGUGCCACGGCAUCUGCUGCCGCAGCCCUGCAGGGGCGGAGGAAGCCCUCGCUGCCCCUGCCCGCCGUGGGGGAGUCAGCUUCUCCCAGGAGCAGAAGAGAGACGGUGCCGGACGCAAGCGCGCCUUCGCCCGUGCCAGCGCAGAGUGUGGAGGGGGCCGAGGUCCCGCGGAGCCGGCCGCUCCCGCAUCCCUCUGGCCUGCCUGUGCAAAAUGGGAGUGUGGCCGCGGAGAACCACGGCUCCCUGGAGCAGCUCCGACUCGGCCUGCCGCUCACCCCACAGGGACUUGGCAACGGGUCAGGCCCUGCUGAGGAGUCCAUCAGCCCCUACUGCGAGAGCGUCUUUGGGCGGUUCUGGUCUGCCCGGGAGCCGGCCGCGGCGUCCCUGGAGGGACAGGAGUACGAAGAGGUGCCGGAAUUCGUCCGGGGCCAGGAGGGAGCAGAGGGCGCGAGCAGAGGUGCCGGGGCAGAAGGAAAGGGCCCCGCUGCCCCGAGGGGGGCCGCCCUUGCCAGCCGCCCCACCGAGAACGAGGCGGAGGGCUACUCCACCGUGGAGGCUCCCAGGCCCAGCGGCUCCCCGCCUGGCCUGCCAGGCCCCCCACGCCCCGACGAAGCGCCGGACGACCUGACCAUCUCGCCCUACGCCAGCUACGCCUCCCCGUCGGAGUGGCCGACCCCGGUGCUCAGCGGCUGGCUGGACAAGCUCUCUCCGCAGGGGAAUUACGUCUUCCAGCGGCGCUUCGUCAAAUUCGACGGGAAAAAGCUCAUGUACUUUCACCAUGAGAAGGACCCGUAUCCCAGGGGCGUGGUCCCGCUCUCCGUCAUCGACGCGGUGCGCUCCACCAAGGACAACAAAUUCCAGGUGGUCACCAGGCACCGGAUCUUUGUCUUCCGAGCUGAAAGUGAGGCCCAGCGGAGGGACUGGUGCAGCGCCCUGCAGCAGACGGUGGCGCAGCAGCAGCUGCGUUGCCCCUGGCCCGGGGCCAGCAGCAGUGCCCACUUCCAGAAGUCCGGCUUCCUGGAGCUCAAGGGCUACAAAUCCAGGCUGUUUGCGGUGCUCUCCCUGGCAGAGAUGUGGCUGUACAAGAGCGAGCAGGCUUUUAAGAUGGGCAUUGCCAUCUGCCUGAUUCAGAUGCAUGGCUCCACCGUCCGGGAAGCCAAGGGCCGCAGCUUCGAGCUCAUCACCCCCUUGAAGAUGUUCAGUUUCGGGGCCGAGUCGGAGCGAGAGAAGCGGGAGUGGAUGGAGGUCCUGCAGGACGCCAUCGCGGAGACACUGUAUGACUACGAGGUGGCCGAGAAGGUCUGGUCCAACAAGGCCAACCGGUUCUGCGCCGACUGCGGUGCCCUGAGCCCGGACUGGGCCUCCGUCAGCCUGUGCGUGGUGAUCUGCAGGCAGUGCGCAGGCCAGCACCGCGGCCUGGGCACCAGCGUCUCCAAGGUGCAGAGCCUGAAACUGGACACAAGCAUCUGGAGCAACGAAAUGGUGCAGCUCUUCAUCGUGCUGGGGAACGAGCGUGCGAACCGGUUCUGGGCCGCGCGGCUCCCACCCUCCGAGGCACUGCAUCCUGACGCGACGGCCGAGCAGCGGCGGGAGUUCAUCACCAACAAGUACCGCCAUGGGUGCUUCCGCCUGCCUCACCCGCAGCACAGCAGCCAGGAGUCGCUCCUGCAGGCCCUGAAUGCGGCCGUGUCCGGGCCCAGCCUGCUGAGGGCCACGCUGCAGUUCUUCGCAGUCCCGCUGGACGAGGAGGCAGGCGAUGGCCGUGGCCCUCCGAAGACCAGGCCCUGGUGCACCCACGGGGACGGGGACGGGGACGGCCCGCCGGGGAACGACACAGGCGGCCUCGGCGAGGAGGCAGCGGGGCUGGAAAGCGUCUACAACGAGAUCGUGCAGCCCGUCUCCAGCUGCGGCUACCUGCACCGGGCACCAGUGGUGGUGAAGGCCCCCACCCCGAGGAAGAGCCGGGAGGAGUGGCAGCGUGUCUGGUGCUCCCUGGAGAAGUCACUCCUCUUCUACGAGGCGGAUCGGGGCCCGGAGCCGCUGGCCAGGAUCGACGCGUCCGAGGUGGUCUCGCUGGGCGUGAGCAGGGCGGAGGCGCCGGCCGGCCCGGCCCCCUCCGACAGGUUCCGCUUCACGCUGGAGCUGUUCCUGGGCGGCGAGCGCAUCCAGCAGCUGGGGGCCGACGGGCCAGACAGCCUGCAGGCAUGGGCCAGCGCCCUCGGCAAGUGGCUCACCCCGCUCAGCUGCCACUGCCUGCUGGGCUACGAGUUCCAGAAGGUGGGACGGCUCCACUACAAGUCUCUGCUGAAUCCGGACCGGUGGCUGGAGGGCUACUUCCUGCUGCAGAAGGCGCACCUCUUCAUCUGCCCGGGAGAGGAGGGGGCGGCCGAGGACAGCAUCAACCUGCGGCAGCUGCAGGAGCUCAGUGUCGUCCCACUCGCGGAAGGCCCGGAGAAGAGGGACAUGCUGGUCCUGGUGGAGAUGGGGCGGACCUUCUGCCUCCGAGGCGCCUGCCGGCUGGACUUCUCCUCGUGGUGCGCGGCCAUCCGGGCCUCGGCAGGUGGGCAGGGGAACGCCCUGCGUGACCAGCAGCUCAGCCGGAGCGGCAUCCCCAUCCUGGUGAACAGCUGUGUCGCCUUCAUCACUCAGCACGGGCUGCAGCACGAGGGCAUCUAUCGCAAGAACGGGGCCAAGUCUCGGAUCAAGGAGCUGAUGGACGAGUUCCGCCGAGACGCCCGGAACGUCAAGCUGCGCAUCAGCGACCACUUCGUGGAGGACGUGACCGACGUGCUGAAGCGCUUCUUCCGGGAGCUGGAGGACCCCGUCUUCACCACCUACCUGCACCCCCGGUGGAAAGAGGCGGCCGAGAUCGUGCCAAAGGCCCAGAGACUGGAGUGCUACAGGGAGCUGCUCGGCCUCCUGCCCCACCUCAACCGCAGGACCCUGGCGGCCCUGAUCGGCCACCUGUACCGCGUGCAGAAAUGCGCCGGCCUCAACCAGAUGAACACCAAGAACCUGGCCCUGCUGUUCGCGCCCAGCCUCUUCCAGACAGACGGGAAGGGGGAGCACGAGGUCCGGGUGAUGGAGGACCUGAUCGACAGCUACGUCCACAUCUUCAACAUCGACGAGGACCAGGUGUCGCAGAUGGACCUGGAGAACAGCCUGAUCACCACCUGGAGGGACGUGCAGCUCUCGCAGGCGGGCGACAUCAUCCUGGAGGUGUACCUGGAGCGGAAGACCCCCGACUCCUGCGUCACCCUCAAGGUGUCGCCCGUCCUGCGGGCAGAGGAGCUGGCGAACCGGGUGCUGGAGAUGCGCGGCGUGGCGGCCAGUCUCGAGAUGUGGAUGACGUUCGAGGUCUUGGAAAACGGCGAGCUCGAGCGCCCCCUCCACCCCAAGGAGAAGGUGCUGGAGCAGGCCCUGCAGUGGUGCAAGCUGCCCCAGCCCGGCUCGGCCUACCUGCUCGUGAGGAGGGUGCCCAUCCAGGACGCGAGCUGCCUGUUCACCGGGGCGAAGCGGGAGAGCCCCAAGUGCGGGCUGCUGAGGUGUCGCGAGGACCCCCCCCGGCUCCUGGGCAGCAAGUUCCAGGAGCGCUACUUUGUGAUCAAGGACCACAAGCUGCUGCUGCUCAAGGAGAAACGGAGUGCCAAGCCAGAGCGUGAGUGGCCGCUGGACAUGGCCAAAGUUUACAUGGGGAUCCGGAAAAAGCUGAAGCCACCUUCCCAGUGGGGCUUUACUCUGUGCCUGGAGAAACAGCAGCUGUACUUGGCGUGCUCGGGGCAGGCUGAGCUGUGGGACUGGACCACCAGCAUCCUGAAGGCCCAGCAUGACGGCCUCCGCCCCAUCAUCCUGCGCCGGCGCUCCUCGUCCGACCUGGCCAGGCAGAAGUUCGGCACCAUGCCCCUCAUCCCGCUCCGCGGGGACGGCACCGACCCCAUCAUGCUCUCUGCCAACCAGACCUUGCGCCGCCUGCACACGCGGAGAACGCUGUCCAUGUUCUUUCCCACCAAGGCGCCUCAGGACGCCGUGGGGGAGCAGCAGGAGGCCACCGAGUCGGAGCCCGUCUACGAGGAGGUCGGCGGCUUCUCGGACAUGGAUCUUCCAGAGCUCGGCCCCUCCCUGCUGCCUCCUGUGGACCGGGCCAAGAAGCCCACCCCUCUCCCGGAGCAGGGCCCCCCCAGCCCCCCGCCGCCCUGCCCAGCCCCCCGGCCGCCUGGAGCCGGCCCCAUGAGAGCCUGCCACCCAGAGCAUGCCUCCGCAGGCAGCCCUUCGGGGCAGGGGGUGGCCUCACGCGCCUCCCCGGAGAGACCGACUCAGCCCGGCCCCAGCCAGGCAUGGCACCCGCCUCCUGCGACACCCACGGACCCUGCAGAGCGGCCCCCUGGGACAGAGCGUCCGGUGCAGGACUCCAGGAAGAGAAGCCUCCAGGCAGAGCGGCCCGUCAGCAGCAAGCUCGUGCAGGAACUGAGCACGGCCGUCCUCCGCAAGAGCGAGCGCCAGAGCCCCGGCGCCCCUGGGGAGCAAACCCCCCCGCCGGAGGAUGGGCCCCAGGCCCCGCGCCCUCGGGACUGGCCGCUCUGAAACCGGAGUGGGCAUCCGCGCCAGCCCUGGGCCCAUGCGUGGGCUGUGGCAGCCUGCCGGCCACAUCCCCCCCCUGCCCACGGCAGGCAUCUUGGCUCCCCCCGCACCCCUCCGGACCCUCCCCGAGCCUGGGGCGAUGACAGGAGGCGAGAAGGAGCGGGGUGCCGGGGCGGAAGGCCCUCCCCACCUCUGCCGGGGCUCUCUCAGGCACGGGCCCCCGGAGCAGGCAGGGGGCCCUUCCGGUCCCGGGAGCAGCCAGGCAGCCUCCUCACGUCUCUGUGCACGGGGCCUGCGGCGUCUGAGCCGUCCGCGCUCAGCUCAGCGGUGCUGUGGAGCAUCCUGGCGGGUGAAGGAGGGAUGGGAGCCGCACUCGGCCUCCCUGGCCCUUGUGCGAGGGGAGGCGCAGGAAGGGUGCCGGCAGGCCGUCCGGAGAGGCAGCGGGCGCGUGGGUGCCCCCCCAAUAAAGAGGGACCGUCUGCACGUCCGAAGCAACUUUAA